CAUGUGGAGUUUUGCAGUAGCAAUUUACUGUGGUAUGAGCUCUCUGGUUGGAGCCAAUCAGCUUCUCUGUGACAUGCUGAAUGUUGUGCGUCAGCAGGAGGAGCUAUGCAGCGAGGAGCUCAGCGCGGAGCGGAACAAUAAAUCUGGCAGUCACCAGGAACAGGAAGGCUGUGCUGGAAUGUGGGAUAAUCUGAGCUGCUGGCCGUCUGCUCCCCUCGGAGACACCAUCACCAAGCCAUGUCCACAAAUCCUGCAAACUAUUACCGGAAUAACAGGGUCAGUCCACAGGAACUGCACAGAGACAGGAUGGACAGGAAUCUUUCCCCCUGUACACGUGGCCUGCGGAUACGAUGUCAACGACACCGUGGUCGAGGAUGUGAAAGCCUAUUACAUGCAUCUGAAAACGCUGUACUCCGUGGGCUACGGGACCUCACUGGCAUCUCUGUCGCUCGCACUGGUCCUCCUAGCGUCCUUCCGGAGGCUGCGCUGUACCCGGAACUACAUUCACAUGCACCUGUUUGCAUCGUUUAUCCUGCGGGCGAUGUCCAUCUUUAUAAAGGACGCUGCGCUCUUCUCUCUGGAUGACGCCCAGCACUGCAAUGUAUACAUGAAAAGGUGUAAAUACGUCCUGAUAUUCUUCCAGUAUUGCAUCAUGGCCAAUUACAGCUGGCUACUGGUGGAAGGUCUCUAUCUCCACACCCUGCUGGUUAUCUCCUUCUUCUCCGAGUGGAAGUACUUCUGCUGGUAUAUUGGACUCGGCUGGGGAUCCCCUCUGAUAUUUAUCAUUGCGUGGUCGCUGUGUCGCCAUCUGUACGAGGACACUGGAUGUUGGGAUAUAAAUUCUAAUGCCAGCAUCUGGUGGAUUAUCCGAGGACCAGUGAUUCUGUCUAUAUUUAUUAAUUUCAUCCUGUUUGUGAGAAUUAUUCGAAUCCUAAUGAAAAAGCUGAGGACGUCUGAUGUCUGGGGGAAUGAUUUUGGACAAUAUAAGCGGCUGGCGAGGUCCACUCUGCUCCUCAUCCCCCUUUUUGGUGUGCAUUAUAUCAUCUUCGCCUUCUUUCCUGAGGAUGUGAGCAGUGGCACUGUGGAGAUCCGUCUGUCCUUUGAACUGGCUCUUGGGUCUUUCCAGGGUUUCGUGGUGGCUGUGCUGUACUGCUUCCUUAAUGGAGAGGUUCAGUUUGAGAUCCAGCGUAAGUGGCGAAGAUGGCAUCUCAGCAAAUAUUUCUGGCUGAGGCAACAUAAAAACUCAACUGUGAGCAACGGCACAACCAUGUUAACCCAAGUCAUGCUGGUCAGCCGCAGCAGUCACCGCAAAUCCUCCCUCCAGCGAUCAAGUAUCAUGUGACUGCGCGUGAAAUCUCAUCAGACUGUAUCGCUGGGAGGGAGAAUGGAGUGCAUUAUACAGUAUUUUAAAGUAUAAUAUAAAUAUACAGAAUGGAAGCCAUUAAUAUGUAUCGCUGGGAGGGAGAAUGGAUUCAGGGGAUACGGUAAAAUAUAAAUAUACAGAAUGGAAGCCAUUAAUAUGUAUCGCUGG